AUGGACAAUAACGAUGAAAAAUCGUCUAACGUUCAAUUUAAGAAGAAUAAAAAGAAAUCAUUGAGGAAACGUGUUCUUUCCGAUGACAAUGAUAGCGACAGUGAGAAGGCAUCAAGAGAGAAAGUUGAAGAAAUGAAAAUCAUUCAAAAGCUUCGCGAAAGGCCGAGUGGUGUCAAUGUUGUUGGUUUAGCGCUUGGGGAGAAUGUCACGUCGGAUGUAAUAACGACGGAUCCCUUUAACAUAAAAACUGGAGGAAUGGUAAAUAUGGCUGUAUUGAAAAAUGCAAAACACAGACAAAAUGAUGCGUAUGAAACUGGCAUUGGGACACAAUUUAAUGCAGAGACUAAUAAACGUGAUGAAGAUGAAGAAAUGGUUAAAUACAUAGAGGAAGAACUGUCGAAACGUAAAAGCAGGAACAGUGAUGAUGUGGCAAAUAGUACAAACAAUGAAAAAGGAUUAUAUUGCUCACCUGAAGAGGCAGCGUUGCGAGCAGUGCCAGAACACUUGAGACAAAGUUCAGCCCAUCGUAGCGAGGAAAUGCUUUCAAAUCAAAUGCUCUCUGGUAUACCGGAAGUUGAUCUUGGUAUAGAAGCUAAAAUUCGUAAUAUCGAAGCUACCGAAGAGGCAAAAUUGAAAUUACUUUGGGACAAACAUAGAAAGAAAGAUGGACCAUCGCAGUUCGUGCCUACUAAUAUGGCUGUAAAUUUUGUACAGCAUAACAGAUUUAACAUAGAAGACCCAGAUUUCCAGAAAUCGCAACAAGAAUCCGGUGAUAAGAAAAGAUCCACUACAAAGGAAGAUGGCCGAGGAAAGCGAAAAGAUAAUGGAGAAAAGGCAACGGACGAUUAUCAUUACGAAAGAUUUAAAAAACAAUUUAGGCGAUUUUAGAUAGAGCUAUUGUUAAUCUGUCAUAUUUUUUUUAUGCUGUAGAUAGUAGUCAUCGUCUUUAAUAAUAAAUAUAAUUUCUAAUUGUAAAGAAAUUGUAUAUGUAUCAUUUGUGUGUGUAUAUAUAUAUAAUCACUUAUAUAUCAUAUCGCACAGAAAUGUUUAUCAUAAUUGCUCGGUUGCUUAUCUAGCUGUACUAGUAAUGUAUUAAAAACAAAAGCAAUAAUGUAUUACACAUGAUCACCAAGU